CGACCAGCAAUUCAUCCGUAUAGACUAUUUUCCUUUUUCCCGAAGACGCAGCUAUGUGCAUGCCAGCAUUCAUCUGAAGCAGAAACACCUUGGCUCAAAAAACCUCCUAUAAAAUGUCAUUGCUAGAGGAAAUUGCCCGUGCAUGUCGUGCCAGGGCACGAUCAUGUCCCAUUUCUCAGGUUAGAGUACAACCACAGCAACGAAGGCAUCUCUCUCGAUCAGCGCCAGCCGCCAGUCCCGUCUCCGGCGCAGCUGAAGCAGAAGUCCAAGCUGCGCGGAAAUACUGCUCGGAUCUCCUUUUGAAAUAUGACCGGCCCUCCUACACGCUCAGCACGUUCAUCCCGCAGAAAUCGCAAACAUCCUACCUCGCCCUCCGAGCCCUGAAUGUCACCCUCUCCAUGAUCCCCGAGACCACCUCCUCUUACACAAUUGGGCUAAUGCGACUGCAAUUCUGGCGCGACGCCGUCGCCAAGAUCCUCGCCGCAGACCUCAACGAGCGCACACAAGGCCAAGCCCGGAUCAGCAAAGCCUGGCUGAACAAGAUGAUCAACGCGCGCGAGCAAACCCUCACCAACGACCCGUACCCAACUGUCGCCGCGCUGGAAACCUACGCAGAAAACACCUACUCGACCCUGCUCUACCUGACGCUGUCCUCGCUGCCCAUGACCUCCAUCUCAGCCGACCACGUCGCAUCGCACAUCGGCAAAGCAGCUGGUAUCGCCGCGGUCCUCCGCGGCCUGCCGCUGGUUGCGUUCCCACCUCCUCAGGCCCAGUCGCCCACGCAGCCUGCCUCGGGCAACUUCGGAGGCACUAAGCAAGGUGCGGUGAUGCUGCCGCUGGACGUCAUGGCGCAGGCGGGCGUGAAGGAGGAAGAUGUCUUCCGGAUGGGCGGCGAGGCACCGGGACUACGUGACGCCGUCUUCACGGUUGCGACGCGGGCCAGCGAUCAUCUGAUUACCGUGCAGCAAAUGCUCAGCAACCUCCGCGCUGGUCAGGAUGUGGGGCAUGAUUUUGAGCAUGCGGGUGAGGAGGGGCAUGAGUACCUCGCGGGCAGGGGCCAACGCGACGAGUCGCCUUUGGACGAGGUGAAUCGGGCUUUUGGUGUGUUCCUGCCUGCGGUGAGCACGCGCCUUUGGCUGGAUAGGUUGCAGAAGGUCGAUUUCGAUAUCUUCCGGCCGGAGCUGCUUCGGUCUGACUGGAGGCUGCCCUGGAAGGCUUACUUGGCGUUUAACAGGAAGUCUCUCUAAUAUGGGUGCUUCUCAUGGCGAGGACUUGUUUGCACAAUUGUGUACGAAUAUAGACAAAAAUAUUAUUUUACCGUGUAUAUAGUCUUGUAUGUACUAUAGAUUGUAUCCGUCCAUCAAGGACCAGA